ACUACUUGAACUAAUCUUAUCUUGCCUUAAGAAGUUGGAAUCUGAGUGACCUUGUCGUUUUUGAUCGGAAGUUGGACGCGUCACUAUGGCUGUUGGUUGCCUUAUAAUUUCUAAAAUAAUGUCUUUUUCAUUACAGGACGACAUUUUAGACUUUGAAAGUAAGAAAAAGAAGAAAUCAAAGCCUCUUGUGCAUGAUUUCAAAGAUGAACCCGAUAAUCUGGGAAACCAAGAUAUUUUGGACUUCGGUUCAAAGAAGAAAAAAAAAGACAAACUCUUAAGCCUGGAUGACGUGGGUAACAAAGAGGACGUAAGUUAUGUCCCCAUAUACUUCAUUUUACAGUCACUUCAGGAACCGGAAUUUCCUAGGAAGGACCCAACAGAAAACGGCGUUAAGCAACUUACUGAAAAACUAACAGAAGAGCUCAAUUUCUCAGAUAAAAAGAAAAAAAAGAAAUUCAAACCGAUUGAAGUUGAUGAAAAUGGGGUUUGCGAGCCGAACAAUACAUCUGAACUUAUCGUCAGGGAUUCAUCGGGAUAUGAUUAUGAAACGCUGUUAACACGAGUUUUUGCUCAGCUUGGUGAUUUGAAUCCUGAACUUGUAUCAGAUCAGAAAAGAAAGCUCGUAAUGGUUCCCCCUCAAAUGGCUCGUGUUGGAACCAAAAAGACUCUUUUUGUAAAUUUUUCAACUAUCUGUCGUUCUUUAAUGAGAGAUCAGUCUCAUCUCACAACAUACAUACUAACUGAAUUGGGUACUCAAGGUUCUGUGGAUGCUAACGGUGCUUUACUUAUUCGUGGACGAUAUACAAGUAAACAUAUGGAACCUGUGCUGAGAAACUACUGUAGAACUUACGUGUUGUGUGGUACCUGCCAGUCUUCUGAAACAGACCUAUGCAAAGACUCGAGACUUCUUUUCCUCCACUGUCGGCGAUGUGGGUCUCGUUUCACCGUAAAAACAGUGACUUCCGGAUUCCAAGCACUAACAGGGAAACGUGCUGCUUUGCGGGCAAAAACGCAAUGAUGAUACGCUAGCUGUUCCGGGUUUUUUUACUUCGUCGACCUAAAGCACAAAUUAUCGAAAUAAAACGCUAUCUUAUUUCCAA